UAGAACUCAGAAGAGCUCUACAAGUUUUACGAUUAAAAGAUGUGCUUCAGAGUUAAAAGAGAGCUGACAAAAGAGGAGUUGAAGGCGAAAAAGAAGAAAGAGAAGGAAAAGAAAAGAGAGAAGCAGAGGAAGGACGAGGAGAAGGCAAAAGAAAAGGAGAGAAACAUAAGAGAUGAACUCGACAGAAGGGAAAAGGAAGAGAAGAAAAGAAAGAGAAACGAGAAGGAAAAGGAGAAGGAGAAGAAAAAACGAGCCGAGGAAAUGAAAAUGCAUGCAGAGAAAGAGAAGAAAAAACCCAAGGAGAAAGAAAAGAAAUUAAGAGACAAUAACAAGACCAAGUGCAGAAAAUAA